CAGAGCCUCCUUUCCUUUCGUACCACCUGAGGACCCAGGAAAUCGCCCCCGCGAUGGAAGAGGACCAGGAGCUGGAGAGGAAAGCUAUAGAGGAGCUGUUAAAGGAAGCAAAACGUGGGAAAACUAGAGCAGAAACAAUGGGACCUAUGGGUUGGAUGAAGUGUCCUCUUGCUGGUACAAAUAAAAGAUUCCUGAUUAACACAAUCAAGAACACAUUGCCCUCACAUAAAGAGCAAGAACAAGAACAAAAAGAGGGCAGUAAGGAAUCUGCAAAACACCAGGACCAAAAAGAAGCCAACCCGAAAAAGCACAGAAGCCACCCCUACAAGCACAGCCGAGGCCACUCUCCGCCAAGGAAGCGGAGCUCCCGGGACAAGUGCGACCCAAGACCCAGCAGGCGGUGAGGCUGAGCCGAGUGGCAAUCCCACCAGCCCAGCCCAUCAUUACACCUGUGACUCAGUCCAGGAGGACAGGUGGGUGGGAGCUGGCAGGCUGAAAACCUGAGAGUGACUUUCCCAGUAGGUCCCUUGCUGAUUUUACAGAGGCUGUUGGUGAUGGGCAAAAAAAAAAAAAA